UUCGAUUCGUCGAUGUGAGUCUAAAGGUUGAUAGGUCAGACACGCGGAAUGACCAAGCGCAUUUUUUUUGUCUGGGGAGUCUAUAUAAAGGCAGAUUUUUCCUGUUGCACACAUACAGCUGAUGCAUUCAAUUCUGAAUACUCACCGACACAUUUGGUGAUAUUUUCAAGGUUACUUUGACUUCAAGAGAACGGAGCCACUGACCUCAGAAUAAAACACCUAGCUGAUUAGGCAGAUAGGAAUAUUCCUGAGUGGCGUAAUAGCGUUACAACCUAACCAAACCAUGAACAAGCUGGAUAUCUUCGGUUGGAGCGUGGACCCUGCAAUUGCUGCGUCGGUGGUUGUCGGUGUCGUUGUGGUCUUGUGGCUUGUGCGGAGAUGGGUGGCAGGUGGAUGGUGCUACAGCAAUGCUCGCCUGGACGGCAAGACGGUUGUCAUCACAGGAGCCAACACUGGCAUUGGCAAGGAGACAGCAAAGGACAUGGCCAGACGAGGUGCUCGUGUGAUCAUAGCCUGCCGUGAUCUGCCCAAAGCCGAAGCAGCCGCCUCUGAGAUUCGUACUGCCACGGGUAACAACAAGGUGACGGUACGCAAACUAGACCUGGCUUCUCUUGCCUCGGUGAGAGAGUGCGCCAAGAAGAUCAAGGCAGAGGUGAAAAAGCUGGAUAUACUCAUCAACAAUGCAGGAAUCAUGAUGUGCCCACCGCUGAAGACAGAAGAUGGGUUCGAGAUGCAGCUUGGUGUCAAUCAUCUGGGCCACUUCCUUCUGACCAAUCUCCUGCUGGAUAUCAUCAAAUCCUCCGCCCCUGCUCGCAUCGUCAACGUAUCCUCCCUCGCCCACGACUUCAAUAACGCCAAGAUGUUCUGGGAUGACAUCAACCUGGAGAAGAACUACGACCCGGUGGCGGCCUACGGGCAAAGCAAACUGGCCAACGUUCUCUUCACCGUUGAGCUAGCGAAACGUCUCAAAGGUACUCAGGUGACAGCCAACUCCUUGCAUCCAGGAACUAUCGAGACUGAGCUCACGCGCCACACGCAGAAGGCCAUGAGUCUUCCAUGGAGAAUCUUCUUCAGGAUCAUGUGCUCUCCCAUCGGUAAUUUCUUCCGUAAGACGGCUGUGCAGGGCGCGCAGACCACCAUCCACUUGGCCGUGUCUGAGGAACUGAAGAACACUACUGGCCAGUACUACAGUGAGUGCGUUCCUGCCAAGACCAACAAGCAGUACGUGAACAGCGAGAACGCCCGCCGCUUGUGGGAGAUGAGCGCCGAGAUGGUUGGAUUGGAUAAGAAGGUGGACUAA